AUGGCAUCCUGGGCCCCCGCGCGGCCGGCUCUGAGGGCCUUGACUUCGUCAUCGUCAAUGACUCCCGCCCGACUCUUCAGCACAACUCUUCCUCAGCAAACAAAGACGAUCAAGUCACACCUUCUACCCAACCGUCUAAUUCCUCCAUAUCCCUAUGGCGAGCGACGAGUCUACAAGCAAUCCAACAAGGGUCUGUACGGCUCUGCGAGAAUUCGCUUCGGUAACACUGUUGCGGAGAAAUAUAACAACAAGGCCCGUCGUUUCUGGCGUCCAAAUGUCCAUGUCAAAGUCUUCAAGCUACCUGCCAUAAACGCCAACGUCAAGACCCGCCUUACACUCCGUGUUCUCAAGACCAUCCGCCGUGAGGGUGGUCUGCAGGAGUAUCUCCUCAAGAGCAAGCCCGCAAGGAUAAAGGAGCUUGGACCUGGUGGCUGGAACUUGAGAUGGCUUCUGAUGCAGUCCCAAGCUAUUCAGAAAAGAUUCAACGAGGAGCGUAUUGCACUAGGUAUGGAGCCCAAGGAAAUCGAAGACCGGGACGAUAUCAUCCAAUAUGCGCUCGACUUCGCUACUCCUGGUCCUUUGAGUAAGCGCAGUCAGGCGACGUUGGGUGAGCUUAGAGCACAGGAGUUUGUUCUAGGCGACGAGGACUUGGCCGAUUUGGAAGGCAUUGAGGAGCUAUCAGAUGAGGACGAGGCACUGUUGCUCAAAGAGCUUGAUAAGGCAGAGGCUGAAGUCAAGGCGACCCAAGGCCAGCAAAAGAUUACGGUGUAA